AGUCAGCUCCGUCAGCUGACGAGGGCGGGCCCCAGCGACAGUUCCUCAAGGAAGUUUCACUAAGGUUAUCUCGUCAGUGUGCUGCCGAUUGGGGUUUUUGCCCUCCUCCAUGCCAAAGCCUGCUCUGGGGGAGCCUGUAUGAGCAGGGGGAGCCGGAGGGCCACAGCCAGGGACGCGGAGCCACAAUGGAGACGUUCAGCUCCAGGAACCUGGCCCUGCAGGCAGAGAAGAAGAUCCUGAGCCGCAUGGCCAGCAAGUCGGUGGCGAACGUCUUCCUGGAUGACACAAGCAGCGAGAUCCUGGACGAGCUGUACCGGGUCUCCAAGCUGCACACCCAGAACCGGGCCGAGGCCCAGAAGGUCAUCAAGAACCUCAUCAAGGUGGCCGUCAAGAUCAGCGUGCUGUACCGCAACAACCGGUUCAGCGCCGGCGAGCUGGGCCUGGCGGAGGAGUUCAAACACAAGCUGCACCAGGGCGCCAUGACGGCCGUCAGCUUCUACGAGGUGGAGUUCACCUUCGAGCCGGGCGUGCUGACCCAGCUGCUGCAGGACUGCCGGGAUAUGCUGCUGCAGCUGGUGGAGAAGCACCUGACGGCCAAGUCCCACAGCCGCAUCCGCCACGUCUUUGACCACUUCGCCAACGACGAUCUGCUCAGCCACCUCUACAGCCCCGGGGAGCCCUACCGGCCCCACCUGCAGAAGAUCUGCCAGGGCUUGAACAAGCUGAUAGAGGAGGGGAAGCUGUGAGGGGCGUGGCAGGGGGCCUUGCCUUUCUCCUCCUUCUUAGCCAGCAAAAGAUUAUGGGAGUUGGGGGUUGUAUCCAAUAGGGGCCUGGAAGAACCUCACUCCCUUAGGCACCUAUGGAAAUCCUCGCCAAGGAGCAAGGACCUUCAGGUUUAUAGGGGAUGGAGAACUGGAUGACCCAACGGGACAAUCAAGACUCAGGCGUCUCCUGGUUGCUCUCAGGACUGUCCGUGCUCUCCACAUGCGCCCCAGACCUCUCCACGCCCUCGUGGAUCAGCGCCCCAGUCCCCGACUCUUUCUCCCCAUCGAUGACUCUUGCAGAGUGGUUAUUUUUGUACACAUUCGUCUUGUCGUUACUAACACGUUAAGAGGGGAGAAGCCGCACCCGCCUCGCUGUGUUGCGUGGGGGAUCUGCUGCCUGGGGGAGCCGGGGCCGGCCUGGGCAGCUACCCCUUGAUGCUUCUGUUUGUGAGGCCGGAGGAAGUGGGGCUGGGUUCAGCUCCCGCUGCAGGGCAUUAUGGGGCUGGGCCGAUGAAGGCAAUAGAUCAAGUCCCCCCCGAAACACUCUCCACUGCAGGGUUGCCCAAGGCCGAAGGGAUCAGUCGAGGCUCCACCAAGCCAGCAAAACAGAGGGGGCGGGGGUGGCAGAUUCUGAGCUUAUACGUCAAUUGCACAGAAACGCAAUGCCCAGGGGAAGGGACCAGCCACCAGCGUCAGCCCCUGUCCUUGCCGCAUGGUUCCUCAGCGGUCAGGUCUAGUCCCCAGGGCUGCACUCAGCAGAGCUCUGCCCCACCAUCAAGCUCAGGUUUAGGAGAGUGCAAUGCAGCAAUGCAGAGUUUCAGGACUUGCAGCAAUGCAGAGUUUAGGACUUUCCCUCCCCGAGCCCAGCCGCUGACGCAGCCAAAGACAUGGGUGAGGCCACGAGCAGGGUGAGAAUGGGGGGGGACCCCAUGCAGGUCACAAACUCCAUGUCGGUCAAAGGUCCCGCAGGCAAAUGGUAGGGGCCCCCCCACGCCUUCCCUGGCCACUCUGUCCUCCUGUCCCAGCCCCUCCUCCCCGCCAGCACCGUGAUUCCUUGGCUCACAGUUUAUGGCCAAAGGCAUGGCAGCCUACGGGGGGCUGGAAGGUCAGGCGAUUUCCUCCCAGACAACUCAUGACUCCAGAAGGCCCCUUAGCAGCUGGGCUCCCUCCACAGCUGGGGCCUGCGUGAACCCAGGGGCUGCCGAGGUCAAGCAAAGAUACCAGCAGCUUCCUCGGAGCGGGCGCGUGGGGAACAGAUCAGCAGACAAGGCUACCUUGGCUGGCAUGGGCAUAGUUAAAGGGUGAGCAUGCAGCCCUCAGAGCCACCAUCCCCUGCCCGGUUUGCUGCCAGCUCACCGAGAACGCAGCUGGACUGGGCACAUCCCAGGCCUGCGACGUCAAACAGCACCCGGUGAAGGAAGGGGGAGGCGGGGGAGACCAAAGCAGGAGCUCCCUGGGAAAACAGCCCCUCACCGGGCUCGUGAAUACGAGGCAUGAGCCACCUUGGGAGCCAGGUGCUUUCAGCCAAGGGGGGCACGAGGCCAGCGGUUGCCUGCCUCCCCUCUCUGCUAGCCUGGCCUCAUCUCCACACACCCCAGGGCUUCCCCCCCAGCCCCUCUCCAGCACUCAGAUGCUGGCCUGGUGCUAACCCAGCAUAUGGCUCUGUCUCCCCCUCGUGGUUGGGGUAAGAGGCUGAUUAGUGCCCAGGUGGCAUCAAUUAGUGGGGGUUGGGGGGAACGAAUGCCCCCCCUUCUCCAAAGUUUUUGCGCUUGCUCAAACUUCCACAGGCCGCAGAGCUGGGGGGCGGUGUGGGGGGGGGGGCGCCCAGGGCCCAACCACUUUUAAGCAGCGCUGGGGGACUGACUCAGCGCGGCUGCUCCCACCGCGAUCCAGAGCACGGCUCCGGCUGCUCCUCCGGGUAGCCGGGGCAAAGGGGACUGCGACCUGAGGCACAGGGAGGCUCUCCCUGGGUGGCGGAGCACGGGGGAGUCUGCUGAAACCUGCCCCUGGGCAACACCGGCUCCCGCACUGCGUGGGUAAGAGAGAAGAGAUCCAUGGGCGAUAGGAUCCGGGUCCCUGUGGGAAGAAGGGGGACACAAGCAGAGUGGAACUGGGUCCCUGCCUUGCAGGGACUAGAAUGCGCCCCUGCCCUGUGCCCAUCCCACUGCCCUGUGUCCAUCCCAUUUAGCCCUCACAGCCCACCCCUUAAGAAACCUGGAUCUGGGAGGACACAUGCCCAGUGCUUUCUGGCCCCCGGAAAUUAAAACAGUCCAAACCCUCACUACAGAAACCCCUGGCUGUCAGUUUUAAUUUGGCUGGUGCUUUUGCAGACGGAGGGGUCACAGGUUCGAUUCCCACCGCUGCCCGACCCACAAGGGCGUGGUAAAUCCAGAGCUGGGGGAGCUGCUGGCUUCUCCACAUUCCAGGAGCUGCCUUCUACAGAAGAUAUUAGACCCCAAAAGUAAAACCUUCCCUGCAGAUGAGCAUCUGUGCUGGUCCCACUACAGCCAGGCAGGUAAUUAAUCAGAGGAGGAAUGUGAUUAGCCUUAGGAACUGCCCCAACCUGGUCAGCAUUUGGAAGAGGAGCUCCCAGGUGCUCCAGCAGCUUGCACUGGUGAGUCAGUAGGGGGCGCUUUUCCAGCCACCUCAGCCCUGAACCCAGUGCUUUGUGGGGAGCUGCUAAAGGUGCCGGUUUUCUCAAGGCGGCUCCUUGCAGCCAUUAAAGCUUCACAAUUAAAAGCUGUUACUGUGCCACGGCCUGUGUGAAAUGAGUUUGACGGGUCACAGCCAGGUUGGCAGCAUACAGGUGUCCAUGGCACAAAAGUGGGGAGGCUCUUCAGAACAGGCUGUUUGCCCACGCACCAAAGGGACACGGAGAUCGCCCGGGCUCUCAGGCCAGACCCGGCAUGGGCAUCCAACCACCACUCACCUAGGCAAGGAGGAAGUAGACAGAGGAAUCCGCAGUUCCCCGUCGCACGCAGGGAUGCAACGUCACCGGUUAGCGGAAGCCAGGUGCACUGGGCAGAGGCCAGGGACGGAGAGCAGCUCUGCUGGCAUCGCUGCCCGCGGGACUCGGACAGUUCCAAGGGAGAGGCUGACUGCAGGCAAGGCCAGCCUGGGGCAUUGCGGGCAGGUCACCGGGACACACUGGCACAGCGGGCAGGGCAAAGGCAGCCGCCACAGGGACAGGCCCAGAGCCGCUCAGGAUUCAGCCAGGGGGAGGCGCUGGUCCUGCUUUCCCAUCACUGCAAGCCCGACAGAUCAAUCUCCCACCCUCACUGCAUCAGCAGGCCCCUGACACACCCCACCCCUGACCCAGGAGCCCCCCAUUGCUCUGCCAUACCCCAGCGCCCACUAUCCCAGCCUUGAGCCCUGCUCAGACUCUGCCGGAGCUCCUCAAUCCCAACGCAGAGCCCACCACUUCGCUGCUCUCCCAGCCCUGGGCUGCCCCUAGACAGCUCUGCCGCGGCCCCUGCCCUGGGCUACACAGCUUUCCCUGUAACACAGGUGUCAUGUGGGCCGUACGCAUUGCAAUCGAGAGCCUAAGACAAACGACAUAUCCGCCAAUACCGGCCGCACGCUGCAACGGAGGGCAAAACGUCCAGCGACUUCUAUGGGAGCAGGAUCUGACCCAUUUUUGGAUCACCUCCCCCCUGACUGCCACUGCUGUACAAAGGCCGACCCAACCCUGCUUUGUGCCUCACCAGGGAAAUAAAGGGGAGGAACAGAAAUGAUUUA